UGCUCGCGCAGGUCUGGCGGAUCCUGCCUGGCAGCUGCACGGCGGACUCAGCUCGAGGCAAGGGCUCCUUUCGCUUCCCGCGGCCAUGGAGCGGCUGACGUUGCCUCCUGGCGGCGCCGAGGCAGUGGACGAGUACCUGGAGUACCGGAGAAUUGUUGGUGAGGAUGAUGGAGGGAAACUUUUUACUCCUGAGGAAUAUGAAGAAUACAAGAAAAAAGUUUUACCCAUGCGUUUACAGAACAGAUUAUUUGUGAGUUGGCGGUCACCAACAGGAAUGGAUUGUAAACUUGUUGGCCCAGAGACGUUGUGUUUUUGUACACAUAGGUAUAAACAGCACAAAACUGACUUUGAAACGAUUCCACAGCAGCGGCCCAUUGCCCUGCCUUGCCGGGUGGCUGGUUGCCGGUGCAAGGCUUAUCACUAUGUCCCUCUGAAUGGGACCCAGCCUAUUCGCUGCCGGUGCAAACACUUUGCUGACCAGCACAGUGCUGCCCUUGGCUUCACAUGCAAUGCCUGCUCCAAGUGCUCAGGCUUCCACAGCUGCUUCACGUGUGCCUGCGGCCAGCCUGCUUAUGCCCACGACACAGUGGUGGAAACGCGGCAAGAAAGGCUGGCUCAGGGCAAACCCGUAGGACGGGAUGUUCCUUAUGCGGCAAUGGGAGGUUUAACUGGUUUCAGCUCCCUGGCAGAAGGCUACAUGCGCUUAGAUGACAGUGGCAUAGGCGCACCCUCGGCUGCGGUUUUGGACUCUCCGGUGUCGGCCAUGGACCAUCCGUUCCUAAGAGCCAUGCAGACGCCAUCUACUUCUUUCCCACAGCCACUGGCAGGUCCAAGCACUCAGAUUUCUUCCUUACGGAAACCUGAGGAGGAUGAUAUGGCGUACUUUGAGAGACAGUACCAGGAAAGGAUAAAACUGGAAAAGGCUGCAAAGCAGAAAGGAAAGGCACCCCCGCUGCCGAGCACAGAGCCAUCCUGAAGUCCGUCGGACGCAUCGCCACCAGCCAGACACAUCUGUUUAUUUAAGUUUAGUUUCUCCCAGUAUAUGCUCUUAUCAUGUA